UCAGCUGCUGUCGCCGCCACCGUUGUCGUCUCCUCGGCCCUCUGGUGCAACCACUCUUCGCUCAUUUCGGGGGGAAAAAAAGGAGAGACCCGGCGAAGAGAUUUUUGUGUGGAAUGUAAUUAACGAGAUAAAUGUGUCCUAAUAAGUGCCCUGAUGGUGUGUCUGUAGAAAGGGAGUUUGGUGGAGAAUAAGAGAAUCCAAUCCUCCCACGCAGAAGCAAGUUGCAGCACUGGAAAUGAGAAGGAAGAAUUUAUGAGCCACAUCAAACAAUGCCCAGAACUGGAAGUUUCUUGGCAGUAAAACUAUCAUGGACAAAGUGAUCUUCCACUCUGCUAAUUAUCAGUGAUGGCUCUGAGAGGAUUAUGGCUCAUCAGUCAUGAGCAAGAGGCACAAAGCACUGUGUUGUUUUCCAGACGUUACCCCACAGUUGAAAAGCGAGCACAAUUUUUCAAUGGGCCAAGUUAUGUGCCAAUACCAGAAGACGGUCCUUUCCUUAAAGCAUUACUUUUUCAAUUGAGGCUGACAGAUGAAGGUCAACACUUUGCGGAGUGUAGAGAUGGCUGUUCCAGAAUCAACAAGACCUCAGUGUAUACACUGCAGGUUGAAAGGAAGGAUCUCUGGCCUGUGGUAGCUUUCCGGAAGAGUGGAUUGAUUUAUGUUGGCCUCCCUUUAGUUGAACAGUCCCUUAUGCCACGACCAUCUCUCUUCAGUAUCAGUGGAAUCUCUCAGGCUUUUGACUUCUUGUCAGGGCUCCUGGCUUUUAUGAACUCUAAUCAGAAGAGUGAAGCAGAGAGGAGUGCCAAAGUUGCCCAACUUCCAAGUUUGGUUAUGCAGGCCUGUCCUCUGGGCACUCCACUAGAUGCAAAUUUAAAUGGUUCAUUGGAAAACAGUCACGUUGCUGUAAGUAGUCACACUCAGAAACCACCAGCUUGGAGAAGCAACACGUACAAGGGAAAACCUCAAGUUAAUAUCUGUAUCAUUGAAAAAGUCAAAUCUGUCCAGUAUGACCAAAGGGAUGUGGCAGACAUGUGGCAAGUUUAUGGAACUAUAACAUGCAAGUGUGAUAUAGAAGGCACUGCUCCCAAUGUGACUGUUGGUUUGAACCUCCCUGCCAAUGGUUCUCCUCUCCAAGAUAUUUUGGUCCACCCCUGUGUAACAUCCCUUGAUUCUGCUAUUCUGACCUCCAGUAGUGUUGAUGCAAUGGAUGAUUCAGCUUUCAGUGGACCUUACAAAUUCCCUCUGAUACCGCCUUCAGAUCUGUUUAAUCUCUGCUUUUACACUUCCCAGGUACCUGUUCCACCUAUUUUGGGAUUUUAUCAAUUGAAAGAAGAAGAAUCACAGUGGAAGUUCACAAUUCACUUGAAACUUCAUGAAAGUAUGAAAAAUACUUUUGAAUACUGCAAAGCUUAUGUUCCCUUUUUUAAUAGAGGUCCUAUUACUCACUUGGAAUACAAAAUCAGCUACGGCCAACUUGAGGUAUCAAAAGAGAAAAGCUUGCUGAUUUGGUUCAUAGGGCAAAAAUUUCCCAAAUCACUGGAAAUUUCUCUUACCGGGAGUGUUGCUUUUGGUCCAACAAAUCGGGAUCAGCCAGUAGAUGCUGUUUGUACUGGAAAUACUGCAUAUGUCAAACUUUAUUUCAAAAUCUUGGAUUUCACACUUACUGGAUGUUACACAGACCAACAUUCCAUCCAGGUCUUCUCAUCAGGCAAAGCAAAGAUCAGUACAGCUCGUGAGGUACUUUCAUCAGAUUACUACAUCUGGAAUUCCAAAGCCCCAGCACCUGUUGUAUAUAGAACUUUACUUUUCUAAAUUUUCUAUUCAGUUUUGUACUAGGAAAAAAUAUAUUGCCAAAGUAUUUUACAUCAGUUCAAAGCUUCUGUUCCAGGUAAAACAAAAUAUUAAAUGAUCAUUUAUCUAUUAUUUAAAAUGUCUAAAGUUUUUCUGUGACUGUACUAUUAGAGACGUUGCAUGAUAUAUAACUCUUAGACAAUCAAACUUACCUGGUGCCAAAUAGAUUACUUGGAAAGUAAAAUCUUUCUUGUGAUUAUUGUUGAUUUUACUGUCAUAUUUCUGAACCUUAACUAAGUUGCUGCACAUCAUUUCUUCACAUUGCUGGCCUUCAAAAAAAGUUUUGAAGAAACAAAUUUAAAAGUACCUCUGACUAUAUACAUACUGAAAAGUAUUUUGCUUUUUACAUUGAGCAACCACAGCCUUUUCCUACCAAAUUAGAUGUACUCCAGAUGCAUUGGAUAUAUGAAUUUAAACUGUAGGAAAUAUUCUUGAAUGUGUAAAUUUAAUCUUGUUAUACAUAAGUUGCCAGCUUUCUUUGCUGCUUUUAUUUCUGAGAGGAGCAGCAAUUUAUGCUGACAGCUACUUCACUCCUAUCCUUAUACUGACAUAAAAAUCAUUGGUAUACAACUUUCACAGACAAACUAUAGUUUCCAGUCAGAAGUAGCUGAAUUUAUUCAUGUGAAAACUCAGCAGCACUUUUUCGUGCAGCUGUUGAUAAAAAUAGGAUUGCCAACAUGAUCGCCAAUGUCCAAUGACGGAUAUGGCACAAGAAGAAGAAGCCUAUUGUUAAAAUAAUUUUAAAUAAUUUUAAAAACCUAGAUUUAAGGUGUGUCCUAACUAUUUUCUUAAAAGUUAAGUAGUGCAAAUACAGUUCCUAUGGAAGUUCAUUCCAUAGUACCGUAUAGGGAUGACAAAGGAAACGAUCUUCUGUAUCUGAAGAACAGACCUUCCAGAGGAAGAAUGUAUUUAAAAUGUUUGCCUGAACAUAAUGAUAUCCAAACACUUCUUUAACACUGUUAGUCAUUUGUCUGUUAAAGAAUAAAACAGAAUAAGCUCUUGA